AUGGACGCUGCACCACUGACUCUGGCGCAUACCCACGCUCGAAAUGCUGCUCUCGAACACAAGCGCAACAACCCGGUGGCGGCCAGCGAGGAGUAUGACUUGGCCGCGGCGGAAUUCGCUGCGGCGGCUCGAGACUCGACCGAUCUAGAGGCCCGCCGGCUCCUCUCGUUGAUGGAAGCGCAGCACAGAAAGCUAGGCGAGAUACUCCGAACAAGUCAUGAAAGAAGCCAGGAAAAGCGCUCCGUCGGUGAAACUUCAAGAGCAGCUACCGCAACGGACACAUUGCCAGCCAGAACCCCAUCCGCAGAACCAGCCAGACCUCCUUCUCCCGAAAACACUGUACGUCCUCCACGACUGCCGCGAGGCCUGAGGCCAAAUGCACGAGAUCUCUCUUCAUCCAUAGCAAGUAACCUUGCCUCUGCCCGAGGAAUUCCCAGCACCCGCCAGAAGCGACCCACGCCCAUAUCACCCUUGGUCUCAGCGCAAAAUGCCGAUGGACAGAUUGCCCAAGAAGAUACGACAGCGCGGGCAAUCUCGAGACAAAAUUCAAGUCCAACGAUAAGCGACCUGGCGUCACGUCCGCCGUGGGCACCACCAGUGCAGCCAGAGCCCGUAGCUACUCCCAAGGAACAAAUUGACCAGCACGCCGCCGACGCACCCUUCCAGCAGUUCUACUCGACAUUCGAAUCUCUGAUUUCUAAACUUAGUGCACCGUUGGCUUUUGCCGGGCUCCCACUCACGUCCUCGCCCACGCCUGCUCCCAAGGCCACCACCAACAAACCCCCGGCACAGGUUUCGCCCAAGACACCAUCCCACUACUCCGCCCCAGCGGCUCCCUCGAUAGACUACUCUCAGCUGAUAUCUCGCGCUGCCCUGCGCGCUGUCUCUGGUGCGCCCUCCAUCAACCCAAGCGAGUCCUUCUACGUCGUCCCUACCACGGGUGGAACAAUAUCCUAUGCCGAAAUCAUGAACCGCGCCGAGCGUGAAGAAGGCCGUGUCCUACGCCAUCACGCUCAUUCUCGACAGACGAGCAAUCUUUCCAACAUCAGCGAGGAUGACUUUGUCGACGCGCAGAGCACCAUCCUACCCACCACGGGACCCCCGAGCCGAUUCACCCGUCACCGCGGCGCAGGAGGACCGUCGAGCGACAACACCGAGGCCAAAGUCAACGGCAAGACCAUGGAGGAACUCGCGCUCGAGAAUCAAGCGCUCAAGCACCUAUCCGACACCCUGUCCAAACGGUUGCACGUGUUUGAAAUGUCAAGCCAGACCGCCAGCGCAGCCAUGGCCCAGAGCAUACGCAGCCUCCACGUCGGCCGGAGUAGUCCGUUGAUGAGUCCGGAGAAUUCUCGCGGCCGCGUCACAAGUGGCAAAGGAGAGGCAUUCGCAGCCAGUGCAGCGGACGACGUGUUGGCCAAGAGAAUCGCGGAUCUCGAAGACAUCUUGCGCCGGAGCGACGCACGUGCAAAGAAGAAGGAUGAAGAAAACGCCAAGCUCAAGGAGACCAUAACCAAGUAUCGCGAGAAAUGGGACAGUUUGAAAGCAGGUGCGAAGGCGAGGAGGGAGCGGGAGCGGGAGACGAGGGCGGCCACGGCGGUCACGGCGACAGCGAGAUCUGAUGAGAAAUCUCAAGAUGCCCCAUCGGUGGAAGCAUCUUCUAAUGUCAAGGGUGGCGAGGAAGGGUGA